UGUUAUUGACUCUUUUUUUUUUAACCAAACAUUUUUCGCUGGGGAAAUGGUAUAGGAGCGCAGUGGCCAUCAGUUAUUUAUCAGUUUUUGUUGAAUCUACAUUGAAGAAAGAAGGUUUUAUAAGAAGAAGCUAAGAAUUAAUUGCAAAUCAAUUUCGAGUGUUAAAAAAGUUAUAAUAAGUUUAAACAAAAUGAAAUCAUUAUUAAUUGCUGUCACCGUGUUAUACACAGUCUCAUCUGCCAUCGCCGAUGUAUCUCACAUUCUAAACGCUGAACAUUCCACCACAACACAUCCGCCUCCAGCAAAUCCAUAUGUAUUCAGUUAUGCAGCUGGUAGGGCACCUGGACAUGUUGAUCGAACUCAUACCGAAGUAUCAGAUGGUUCGGGUGUUAUUCGUGGAGCAUUUUCUUACGUCGAUCCCAGACAAGAAGUGCGUACAGUGCAAUAUACCGCCGAUGAAUAUGGUUUCCAUCCAGAAUUGAGCCACGAGCCAGAAGAUACUGAAGCAAAUAAAUUGGCUAAGGAGAGACAUUUUGCUUUGUAUAAUAAAAUUGCUGAACAACAUGCUAAUCCUGAACUUCUUCAAGAGCAAUCCAUUGCUGAUGCUCCCCAUCAAAGCGAAGCUGUUGUUCGUGCAACUAAAAAACAUAUGAAUUUAUUUGAUAAAAUUGCUGCCGAACAUGCAGCUAUUGGAGCAGCACAAUUAGCUGAACGUAUAGCAUUUGAAGCAACAUCUGAGGCCAAUUUGUUGGAGGAACAACAUUAGAAAAUUUGUUUGAGAGAGAAAGUAUAAAAAAAAAUAUGUAAAAAAUAAAAUUAAAAAAAAAUCCCAUAAA